CGUGGCUCUAGCGAGCGCAGUGCCAGAGCCUGAGCCGCCACACCGUUUAGUCCGGUGCUGCAACAGCAGGAGGCAACAUCAGCAUGGCUGCGGAGAUGGAGCCCUCGGACGUGAUCCGCCUGAUAAUGCAGUACCUCAAGGAGAACAACCUCUACCGAACACUGACUACCUUACAGGAGGAAACCACCGUCUCACUCAACACAGUGGAAAGCAUUGACAGUUUCAUUGCUGAUAUAAAGAGCGGCCACUGGGACUCUGUCCUGCUGGCUAUUGAGUCCCUCAAGUUGCCCGACAACACGCUUAUUGACCUUUAUGAGCAGGUUGUAAUGGAGCUCAUUGAGAUGAGGGAGGUGGGAGCAGCUCGCUCACUUCUCAAACAAACUGACCCCAUGAUCAUGUUGAAGCAGACGCAGCCAGAGAGGUACAACCAUUUGGAGAACCUGCUAACGUGCUCCUACUUUGACCCUCGCGAGGCGUACCCAAAAGGCAGCAGCAAGGAGAAGCGGCGUAGGGCAAUAGCCGAGGCGCUAGUGAGGGAGGUCAGUGUGGUUCCCCCUUCUCGCCUCAUGGGUCUUCUGGAACAAGUUGGCUCUAUGAGACUGCAGCAGUAUCCAGAUCAUCUCUCCCCCGACAUGACCAUCGACACGCCUGGCAACAAGGAGAGACAUGUAGAGAAAGAGAGCUUCCCAACCCAGCUGUAUCGCCACAUCAAGUUUGGACGACGGUCACAUGUGGAGUGUGCCCGUUUCUCUCCUGAUGGCAAGUACUUAAUCACUGGAUCGGUGGAUGGGUUCAUUGAGGUCUGGAACUUUAACACUGGAAAAAUUAGUAAGGACUUAAAGUAUCAGGCCCAAGACAGCUUCAUGAUGAUGGAUGAUGCUGUGCUGUGUAUGUGCUUCAGCCAGGAUACAGAUCUACUGGCAACUGGAGCUCAGAAUGGGAAAAUAAAGGUGUGGAAGAUCCAGAGUGGCUUGUGUCUGCGAAGGUUUGAGCAUGCCCACAACAAAGGUGUGACCUGUCUGAGCUUCUCCAAGGACAGCAACCAGAUCCUUAGUGCCUCCUUUAACCAGACCAUCAGAAUCCACGAAUUGAGGUCAGGAAAGACACUAAAGGAGUUAAAUGGCCAUUCAUCGUUUGUAAAUGAUGCAUCUUUCACUGAAGAUGGAUUUCACAUCAUCAGUGGCUCAUCUGAUGGCACAGUUAAGAUUUGGAAUACAAAAACCUGCGAAUGCAUCCACACUUUCAAAUCUCUGUCCCGGACAUCAGAGGUCCCCGUCAACAAUGUGAUUCCUCUACCCCAAAAUCCAGAGCACUUUGUGAUUUGUAACCACUCCAACACGGUGGUCAUCCUGAACAUGAACGGUCAGACCAUGAAAACUUUCAGCUCGGAUAAAAAGGAAGGAGCCGACUUUGUUUGUUGCACCCUGUCACCCCGCGGGGAGUGGAUUUACUGUGUGGGAGAAGACUUAGUGCUGUACUGCUUCAACUAUACAACAGGAAGGCUGCAGAAAACGCUGACCGUUCACGAGAAAGAGGUAAUUGGCAUCGCUCACCACCCACAUGAGAAUCUGAUUGCCACAUACAGCGAGGACGGCCUCCUAAGGCUAUGGAAACCUUAAACUGCAUCCUAAUAUAGAGGACCCAGAGAGCCUUACGUGUGGUUAUAAAGCAAUUCAUUCAUUUCUAUGUAAUAAAAAAGAGAUGGGUUGAUAAAACUUUACAAAUGGACACAUUAAGCCAUCAGUUAACAAUAAACCAGUUAAUUGAUUAAGAUAACGAUCUCACCACAAGGUCCAUCAAGUAGCUUUCGUUCACGAUCUUCAUCAGCAGAUGGAUUUUUCCAGUUGUCAUGGAAUUGUGUUGUUUUUUUUUCCUUGUGCACUUUAAGGUUUUCUUGUCAAUGGUGUGGAAAACUGCAGUUUAGAAUGACAACUGAUUACAACAGUCAGUGUUAAGAAGAAUAAAUAAGAAUUCUAAUAAACCUGGACCUCAGCAAUGAAUCGAUAUUUUUAAAUUAACUUAUGUAUUAUGUAAUUCCUACCAAUCAUUUCAAUAUGUCAACAGGUAAAGGUGAUAGCCAAUGCAAGUGUUUGUUAUAUAAAGGAACUGUCAAUAUUUUAUAUUUUCUUAUUAAUCCCAUGAAGAGACCACAUAAUUGACUUUGCUGGAGAUGUAAAUCUUCACUUUGGUCACAAACCAAUUUAUAGUUUUAUUUUCUUUUUGAAAAAAAGGUAAAUAACUUGCUAAAAGGUCUGGGCAUUGCAGUUUUUACCGAAUGUUGGUACUCGUUAGUGAGAUCAAUUCAGUGUUGGUUUUGGUAUUCUCAUUGAAUUUGCUAACAAUUGGAAAAACAAUAAUUCCUUUUAAUAUCCUUUAAACAUUUUGUUAAAACUCAUUUAUAAACUUAAUUUAAUUGGGUCUUAAUUAAUCUAUUUUUAAUACACAUAUUUGUAAAUUAAUUAUAUAUUUUUUUAAUUAUAAAAAUAUAAUUAUAAUUUGUUUUAUUUAAUGAGUGAUUAAUUUUCUUUGCUUUAUGAACUUCUGUAGGACUUUCUAGCUCCUCUAUACUGUACACGCACUUCCUCAUGGAUUCACCAGUGCAGUUUGAAUCCCCAUUUUCAUCUCUUCUGUCUUUAUUAGACAUGAAAAUGCAUGAUGGUAAACUGUCGUGAAAAUAUUUAUAAUAAAAAUGGCCUCUUGUUUGGGCAUAAACAAACAAUAUCAGGUAUAUAAUUUGUCAGCUUUAGUUUAUAAUAAUACUUUUGUAUCUUUGAUUGAAUGAUUAUGGUUCAAAUGUUUAAUGAUUUGUUUUGUCCUGUAUGUCCCCUGCAUGCUACCUCAGUACACUGUCUAAAUGUGGCUCUACAAUAAUUUUAGUACUCCUUAAGAAUAUGCAUGGUGACUGAAGACAAACCUCAGUUGAGCUCCAGUGACAUUCUGUAAACCCUGUGUGUAUAUAAUAAAUGUACUUUAUUGUUAGUUUGUUGCAUUGACCGUAGUCAGUGUUCCUGUGCAUCAGUAGGACGUGUAUGCCUGCAAGAAACAGAGCUACUGCCUCGACCAGUAUUUAUUAUUUGUACUAUGUGGGACUAUCUGUCACACGUCCUUGAACUAUCAUCCAUAUAUCACCGUUGCGAAAUAAUGUCAUCACACUCUAUUUUGUAUAUUCAUAAUGUUAUAUAUAUAUAUAUAUAUAUAUUACUGCCAAUCAUGUCAAAAAUGAUUAUCAAUAAAAUUAAAAAAGCCUUUACAGUUA